AUGAGCGCUGCAAGUGAGCGGCAAAACGCGUUGGCGCCUCCUUCGACGGCGGCGUCACCGUACAUUUGCCUUUCCACACAAUGCGAUGGACUGUACCACGUUGGCGCACUGCCGCACAGCUUUGCUUCCAUCUCCGAGCAGAGCGUCUACACCCGCGCCGCCGAGCAGCUGCGCUUUGUCACGCCGCCGCCAAACCUGGUGCCAAGCGUGAGUGAACGUACCACUAGCAGCAAUGCUGCUGCGCGGUGCGAAAGGGUAGGCAACGACGUGAACCCCUUGCUGCCGCACGUGUGCAUGAGUGCGCAGCCACCACAGCCCUUUCCAUCCAUCGAGUGCUUCGAGGCUGCCCGACGAGCAGCGCUGGUGCAAGCAGAGAGGCGAGCAACAGCGCAUCGCUGGUCUUCCACCGCGCCGGCGAUGAGGUCGGGUGAGGGGGCAGCAACGACAUCGGCACUGCUCAGUGGACUCGUCCCCAGUGGAUCGCUGUUGGCACAACGCACCUACCGUCACGAUUACGAGGACCACCGCUGUAACAAGCACAUGGGUGCCACGGCAGCGGCACCACCUGGUGUUGCAGCGGAGCAGACAGUUGGCUCAUUGCUCAAGGACUCGCCACAGACUCCCCUGCCAUCGUCUCAGUUAAUCUUUCCCUCGCCAGUGCUGCUCCGUGCGGUGGCGCAGCUGGUGCUGACACUCCAAGCCUCCGCCAGCACCUCUGCUGCACGAUUCACGCUGGCGCAGUACCGCGGCGUGCAGCUGCUCCCGUGGCGCAAGUGUCUCCACAAGGCGAAAGAGCCGGCGGCUACUUCUACGCCACGCCUGUUCCCUGAAGCAGUUGUGGUCUCCGUUCUGCCGCAGGUUGUGGCAGACUGUGUUGCUUCUCGCGUGCGAGCGACCCCUGGCCAAAUUACAGCUCCUCCAUCUGCUUCUGUUGAAGACGAAAACAGUGCGACUCUGUACGUCCUCACGCCUUCUGCAGGCCCCCCUGCGCUAAUGGGCACGCGAGGAGCGAAGCGGGCAAGGGAAGAAGCGCAGGGGGGAGUCACACAAGAGGGGAAGGCAGUGAGUGCAGCCAGCGCAGCCAUUGUAGCGGGCGCUGUGCUAUGCGAGCGGCUUUCGACUACUACCGAGGCGUCAAGAGCGCAAACCGCUCCCGUUCGCUACGCCGUCGUUUCCGCUGAUGCCUUUGAAGGAUGGACACCGACCAUUGGAAGGAGCGAUGCAAGCCCACCGCCUACGCCAUCAACGGCGUCCUGUGUCUCAGAGACGUUCUUGUACGAGGAGGAGUCGGCGUGGAUAACGGACGGCAUCUUUCACCCCCUCUUCUCGCUUCCCUCGACGCCGCUUGCGAAGCCCGCUGCUGUAGCCGAUGCCAAUGCGUCCACCGGGGAGAACAGCAGCGGCGGGCAGAGCACGGCACAUGUGACAUUUUUGAAGACCAGCGCCUUUUUGUUUCUGUCGUUUCUCGUGCACCGCAGUUGGUGCGCGCACGUGCACUCGGCUGUAACGCAGGCGGUGGCGGCACAUCAGCUGCCCUCCAAGAUCGAGCAGCGCGCAGGUUCACCGGGGCUCACUUUCACCGGGACUCACGUGACACGUCUGCCCCCUGUGCAAGAGGUGCGGCGAUCGCCACAGUACGAGUGGAGGUCGGCGUUAGUCUAUCGAGUUUACGGCAAGAAGGCGGCAGAGCGCGGGGCUGCUCUUGCGAUCGGCAUAGCAGCGGAAUCCCUACUCCACGGGCCAGUUCUGUGGCAGCUGACUGUCUUGGUAGUAAACCGAAAUGUGCAGCUGCACUGGUGCAUGCACAACACAAGUCUAGCCGCCAGUGUCGGAGCCGACUCGGCAGCGACUUCUUUGCCACACGAUGCGCACGAGGACAUCCUGGAGGGAUCUGGAACACUCGAUGACCUCCUGCAGCGACUAAAGAGUUGCCAGCUGCUUCACCGAGCACGUGACGGUGUACAUAUAUAA